AUUGGUAUUAGGUUGUUUAAUACUACACUGGAGCUUAUUAAGGCACUAGCUUUACUCAGAUCAGCUUUGUGACAUCACCCACUACACAAUGCUCCGAGUUCUACCUCAACCUGCUUCCAAGAACACAGCAAUAUGCCCCUAUGACCGCCAGCCAUGAAAUCCCCUCUAACUGACUGAAUACGUACGAUAGCCAUGUGGCCGGACAUAUCUUAACAGCUGUAUAUAGCAUCAUGGACGAUGCAGCUGUCCUUAAAAAAAGAGGCUACAUCAUGGGAGCAAAUUUAGGGGAAGGGUCUUAUGCGAAGGUGAAGUCCGCCUUCUCUGAACGCUUGAAAUUCGACGUGGCGGUCAAAAUUAUAGACCGGAAGAAAGCUCCCGCUGAUUUUCUGGAGAGGUUUCUUCCAAGAGAGAUAGACAUCUUGGCCAAAGUGAACCACCGGUCCAUCAUAAAAACCUACGAAAUCUUUGAAACCUCAGAUGGCAAAGUGUACAUCGUAAUGGAGCUUGGCGUUCAAGGGGACUUGCUGGAGUUCAUUAAGACCAAAGGAGCCCUGCCCGAAGAGAUUGGCCGCAAGAUGUUCCGCCAGUUAUGUUGCGCCAUUAAGUACUGUCACGAUGCUGACAUCGUCCAUCGAGACCUGAAAUGUGAAAACCUCCUCCUGGACAAAGAUUACCACAUCAAGCUUUCUGAUUUUGGCUUCUCCAAGCGCUUGACGCGCGAUGAUGACGGGAAAAUUAUCUACAGCAAAACUUUCUGCGGUUCUGCAGCUUAUGCAGCUCCGGAAGUGCUGCAAGGCAUCCCCUAUGAGCCCAAAGUUUACGACAUGUGGAGUCUUGGCGUCAUUUUGUACAUUAUGGUGUGCGGCUCUAUGCCUUACGACGACUCCAACAUUCGGAAAAUGCUACGGCUGCAGAAGGAGCACAGGGUGCAUUUUCCCAAGUCCAAAAACUUGACGGUGGAAUGCAAAGAUCUGAUUUACCGCAUGCUCCAGCCUGACGUGAGCCGGCGCUUGCGUAUCGACGAGGUCUUAAGUCACAUAUGGAUGCAGUCUUCCAAAGCCCGAGCCGUGUCGGUCACGUCGAUCGCGAAAAACGGAGGAGAGUGCUCCCGGACGGUGGGUGAGCCAAAGGAAGAACAGAGAGCAGGCAUGGAACUGGAUCACAAAACCGAGUCCAAGCCAAGGAUCCCAACCCGAUUGGAAGUAGUAGAAGAAAAAGAGGAACCUGUUGAAACUGAAAAACGAGACCCUAUCGAGGAGGUAACAGCUGAGUUGGAGAUGACAGACCUCUAAAGCCACUAGGCCACAGGGGGUUCAUCCAUGCAGCCGGAGGUAGUCUGGGUAACCAAAUGGACAAGGCAGUUUGGGGAAACAGACGAGAGCUUCAUGGUUGAAAGUAUUAGAGAAGGAGAGAGACUACAAUGGGGGGAAAAGGGCUUUCUUAAUAUCAAUGUUUUUUUUUUAAAAAAAGCAAUUCUAUUAAAUAUUUUGUAAAUUGAUUUAUAUUUCACUGUAAUUGUCAACUGCCUGCAAUGGAUCUCAGGAGCUUGUAUAGAGAAGGUCAGACAUUGGCCACUUAUGGCUCUCUAGAUCCACUUAGUCUGCAAACGGCACCAGGCCUAGCCAGCGUGCCUAAUAGCAAGGCUGGGAUGGGAGCGACAGCUUGACAUCUGGAGGGCCAGAAGUUGCUCAUCCACCAGCGGUUCAAAUCCCACUUCAGAAUUUCACUUGGGUGCCUUUGAAAAUAAUACACAGAAAUUCUCAAGGUUGAGGCCUUACUAAAGAGGAACUUGCAGUGCUAAGAAUAUCCUGCCCCUGAAAGCAGUUUGAAUUUUUAAUUUCUUUAUCCCUCACCCAUCUGGAAAAGGCAUAUGGGGACAGUCAGUGUCUAUCCCCACAAGUCCCAUAAAAUUGCUAGAUAUCAGCAAAUCAUUCCCCAGGUUAUAAAACAGAAGGGGCCGAGUUAUGAUCCUCCAGACUGGACUACAAUUCAUAAACGGCCUUCAUUAGCAGGGCCAAGAGUGAAGGUUAAUGGGAUUUGGAGUCCAGAAUCUUGUGAAGGGGUGCCUACUCCAUUUCAGAAGACUUUAAAAGCCUCCCAACAGCAGAGUCUCCGAGAGGCCCUUCGGAGUCUUGUUGACAUACAGGGAACCCCAUUGUCUGCAGAAGUCACCUAUGGAUGCAUCAAUCUGGUGAUUUAUACAAUGGAAAUGUAGUUUGCAACACUGACACGUUACCCCACCUGAUUUAGGGAUGGGCAAUUUGUAGCCUCCCAGAUAUUUCUGGACUGCAGCUCCCAUCAUUCUUUGCCAUUGGCUUUGCUCUCUCAGGUUGAUGGAUGUUGUAGUCAAACAACUACCAGAGGUUCCACAGUCUAAGAUGUAAUUGUAGCCCGAAGGAUGUUCAAGGCUGCAGUGGUGAGCAAUCUGAUGCUCCAUCUCCCAUCAGCCCCCUUCACUAAGGCCAACAGGGAUGAUGAGAUUUGUACUCAAAACAGGGUCAAGAAAGAAACAUAAUUCUCAACGUGCCUAUAUUUUCUCAGGUGCCUUAAAAGGCACUUUGUAAAAAACUAGAUGGCUUGGCUUUUCCAAAACAAACUCGUGAAAUCUGUCAACCAUUAGCCUGCUGUACAGUACAUUGUCUGUCCCAAAUAGAUUUAUUAUAUAUAAAAUAUACAAGCAUUUUGAGAUUUUUGCUCUCCUCUCAAUAUUUUGUUGUUGUUGUCAAGCCCUCCUCCCUGGGAUUUACAGUCAAAGAGUCAUGGCUUCCUCAUAUGCUACUGUACAUCGCACAAGAAUGCCAGAUAUUUCUGUUUCAUCUCUUAUUUGGGACUAACGGGUUUAUAUUCAGCCUCUUCAGCCAGAUCAUGUCACGCGGCGU